AUGUUGCAAACCAGCUACAGUCUUCACAACAAGCUCGUGUCGUUAUUAAGUCACGCUCCAGAACUUACCACCGUGUUUUUCUACGCUCCUGUGGAAGGAAAAUGCCAUUUGGAGGAGACACUUUCUUCGGCCACUUGGGGCAUUCCUCUAGUGAUAUGGCGUUCGAACAGGACUGUGAUCUUAAAUGGAUUCCUCGGCGAGGGGCUCUUGGUAUUGGCCUGUCUUCCAGGAUUCCAGUGGAGAGCUUUUCUUGGCAGCCUAUCUAGGAGUUUAAAAUACCUAAGACAGGCCAGGGUACUGAUUGAAUUAAUGGUGACCAGGGACGAAUUAUUAGUACAUCAGGUGCUGCAAUACAGUCUAAGUCAGGAAAUGAUUAAUGCCAAUGCUAUUUUCGAAGAUUUUGUGGAUUCUCAAAUAGUGAGCCGAUUUGAAGCCUAUCCCAAGUUCAAAGUGGUGAAUCACUCUUUCACAGAGGAUACUCAAGAGUCUGAUCUCUACCCGGAUAAGAUGUUGGAUCUUCGUGGGGGAAGAAUUCGUACCGUGCCGGACUACUCCGAACCGAACACCAUUCUGUACCAGGACGAACAGGGCAACAAACAGAUCCUGGGAUAUGUGUGGGACAUAAUGGAGGCCUAUGCCAAGAAGCAAAAUGCCCAACUGGAGGUGGUCAAUAAGUAUGCGGAUAGCAGGACCCUUAACUUUAUCGAGUUGUUGGAUGUGGCUAAAAGCGGUCUUGUAGAUGUGGCUGCCAGCAUUCAGCCAAUGUCGAUGGGGGACCACGAUCGCACCCACGAGAUGUCCUAUCCGGUUAAUCUGGCCAGUUGGUGCACCAUGUUGCCGGUGGAGAGGCACCUUCAUGUGUCCGAGUUGCUUUCGCGGGUUUUGCCCUAUCCAACCUGUGCCCUGAUGCUUUUCCUUUGGAUCUUCUACCAGAUGGUGCGUGGUCGGUGGCGACGUCAUCAGAGGCUUCAGAGGAUUGGCUGGCUGGUGUUGGCCACACUGAUUAGCACCAAUUACUUGGGCAGACUGCUUCAUUUGUUUGCUGACCCUCCAUCUUUGCCACCGAUCGAUAGCCUGGCAGCUUUGAUUGAAUCUCCACUGCGUAUUAUCUCGAUCCAAAAGGAAUACACCAGCAUAGAAUUUACACAGCGGACCAAGUACUCCGCUGCAUUCCGACUGACUUCGAGGACCGAGGACUUGAUUGAGAUGAGAAAUGCGCUGAACACCUCCUUCGGCUACACCGUAACCAGCGAGAAAUGGAAGUUGUACGACGAGCUGCAGAAGCGCAGCUCGAGGCCUUUGUUCCGAUAUUCCAAGGACCUCUGCUUCUACGAAAUGGUUCCCUUCGCCUUGGUCAUUUCGGAGAACUCAUCCCAUCGAGCUCCACUGCAUAGAUUCACCCUGCUGCUGUGGCAAUCUGGAUUGCAUAACUUGUGGGUGUCUAGGGGCUUCUCCAAUAUGGUUAAGGCGGGUAAGAUCCAUUUUGCCAUCUUUGGGGAAGGUUACCAGGCCCACACCCUCACCGUUAAGGAUAUGAGACAAGUCCUCGUCGUAUACGGUUGUGGAGCGCUAAUUAGCCUGUUUCUAUUUGUCUGCGAGCUGGCUGUCAGUUGGGUAAACUAUUGGCUGCGUUUUUAA